UUCGCCUGCACCUUAUCCCGCGGACCGGGGGGCGCCGCCGCCGGCGCGUCGGAUUAGGAACCGAGUCGUGCGGGCGCCGCCGAGAACAGAUGGAGGCUGGUCUACGGUUGCGCGCACUCAGCCACUACCGCGGCGGCUUCUACCGCGGUGGGUUCGCUGCCGCGCGUAGCAGCCGACUCCGUCGCCCGAGCGGCGCGGGGGCGGCCUCGUCCUCCUCCCCGGCCUUCUGCUCCCUUGCUGCCAGUGGCAAUGGCGCGGCGGUCGGCCCCGUGGGAAGUGGCGUGGAGGUCGAGCGGGCUAAGAGGAUGCUUCAUGUCGUGCUGGUUUCGCCUCUGAUUCCAGGAAAUACAGGGUCAAUUGCGAGAACUUGUGCAGCAUCGGCAGUUGGCUUGCAUCUUGUUGGGCCAUUAGGUUAUAAGGUAGAUGACACGAAAUUGAAGCGUGCCGGAUUGGAUUAUUGGCCAUAUGUUGUUGUCAAGAUUCAUGACUCCUGGGACGACUUCCGUGAUUAUUUCAUGAAGCAGGAAGGAGAAAAAAGGUUGUUGGCAUUUACCAAAAGAGGCACAAACAUUCAUUCAGAUUUCUCAUAUAAGCCAGGGGACUGGCUAGUAUUUGGCUCUGAAACAAAAGGGUUACCUGAGCCUGCCCUUGAGGAUUGCUGUAGAGAAGGCAUUGGUGGUGGAACAGUCCGAAUUCCCAUGGUGGAAACCUAUGUUCGGUGCCUGAAUCUCUCGGUCAGCGUCGGAAUAGCGCUGUAUGAAGCAGCCAGACAGCUGAACUACGAACAGCUUCAGUACCAGCCUGAGCUCCCAGAGGAAGCACAAGGACGAUUCCCAGCAGAGGAUAUUUAUGCAUGAAAAACAUCUAACGGAGGAGUGAGGAAAUUCGAUGAUGCAUUCAUAGAGUUGAAACACUAUUUGCUUCCACUGAACGCCCCCAAACUUUUUCUACUAUUUGCUGUGACACAUGAACCUAUGAUUGAGCUGGAGGACCACAAUGAAUUCUGUUACAAAUUCUUUUCCAAACCGAAUCGUUGUCGUGGUGUUCUUCACAUGCCCAUUCAAAAUAUGCACUGGACUUGCUGGUGCGAUCAAAGCAUCGUGUUAGUUUUUCUUA